CCCUCGGACCUUUCAUCCUUAAGGUUAGUUCAACAUUUUUUUUUGUCUUCGUCUGUUCGUUCUAUUGAUUACAAAUUAGGGUUUUUGGUAUAUUUUUGUCAACUUGUGGGCGUAUUGUUUCCAUUCUUGAACACAUUGCUUCCUCGCGCUUUUCAAUCUGUUGUUGAUGUCGAAAUCACUAACAGUUUUCAUCAUGGCGAAAAAACAAGGACAAGAUUCAAGCAGACCUCCUGCCAAGAAACAUUUCAAGAAGUUAACAAACAACAUAUCUAAAGACACUGUUCAUCAUUCUUCAGAAAACAGCGCUCUUGCUCCUGUGAAUGAUAAAAAAGAGGAAUUAUGUGGUUACAUAUUCAUGUGUAGUGGAAAAACAAAACCAGAAUGUUAUAUAAACCGAGUUUUUGGUCUUCCUUCUGGUAGAAGACAAGUUGUUGAAAAGAUCAAACCAGGCACCAAGCUUUUUCUGUUUGAUACUGAUGUGAAGCUUCUUUAUGGUGUCUACGAGGCAUCAUCCAAUGGAGGCAUGAACUUGGAAUCUGCUGCUUUUGGUGGCAUGUUUCCAGCACAGGUAAAAUUCAAGAUUUACAAGGAAUCUCUUCCACUCCCCUUAGGUACAUUCAAACAUGCCAUUAAAGAAAAUUAUCAAGGCUCAAAAUUUGCACCAGAACUUAAUAGUCAACAGGUGAGGGCACUUCUGUCACUGUUUCGUCCCAUCGGUGCACGAUACCCUACAGCACCUAAUGGUGCACCUGAACCGCAGAGGAUACCUGCCACAAAUAAUAUUAACGGAUGGAUUAACAGCUCACCUUUAGAAAAUCCGUAUAGACAACCAAUUCAUAAUCUUCCUCAAUUGGGUCAGCAAAACGGGCUAAACCUAAACCCACAUUUACAUAAUUGCCAUCCAGCUGUCGCCCCUGCCCAUCACCCCCCACCCCCGCCAGGUCAUCCGUAUCAUCAACCAUACCCAAGCUAUUUGACAAUGCAUGGGUGUGAUCAAAGAUUUGGAUUGGAUGCUGACAGGUAUUUGGGUCACAGCUCUUACCCUGUGCCAUCAGCAGCUGAUUAUGGUUAUGGUUGUGGUUCUCCUCCGCAUUUGCGGCCUACAACUCCUUAUGGUGGACCAACGUACAUGCAUCCUCCUCAAUCUCAUACACAAUUGCAAGGGCAUGAGGUGCCAGUUUCAUCUUCUCCGCCCGUUAUCUCCUGGAAACCUCCCAGGUCCCGUCGAGCAGCAGCCAUGGGCAAUUGUUGCUCCGACGUUACCGACGGCAAGGCCGCCGUCGGCGGCUCUCCAUAUAAUCCCGAUGCUCCCGGUCCUAAUGAUGCCGUAGACGUUUUCCUCAAAUCUCGUGGUUACCAUGGCCUCUUUUCUCAGAUCGAGUUGUCUUUGUCUGCUUCAAACUUGCGUGACAUGGAUAUGUUUUCCAAGAGUGAUCCCAUGGCAGUUAUUUAUACAAAAGGAAAUGAUGGCUCAUUACAAGAGAUUGGUCGUACAGAAGUUGUUCUAAAUUCAUUAAAUCCACAGUGGAUCACAAAACACACUGUUACUUAUCACUUUGAAAUGGUUCAAAUGCUGUUGUUCAGGGUAUAUGAUGUUGAUAGGAAACUCCAUGAUCUACAAGUAAAGACACUUAAGUUGGAUGAACAACAAUUCCUGGGAGAGGCUACUUGUACAUUAUCUGAGAUAGUCACCAAACCAAAUUGGUUGUUGACCAUGGAUCUUGUGGAUGUAAUAGAGUCAACCAACACCACGCGUCCAAAAAACAAAGGGAAGCUCAAUGUUCAUGCAGAAGAAGUUUUUGUUUCCAAGACUAUAACUGAGUUAACAUUUAGGUGCUCAGAUUUAAAGAAUAUGGAUUUCUUCUCCAAAAGUGAUUCCUUUUUAGUAAUUUCAAAAUGUGUGGAGGGUGGGACUACUAUUCCAGUUUACAAAACAGAAGUUCUGAAAAAUAACUUAAACCCAAUUUGGAAACCAUUUCUUUUGUACACAUCACAAGUGGGUAGCAAGGACACUCCACUUACUAUUGAGUGCUUCAACUAUAAUAGUAACGGAAAUCACAAUCCACUUGGCAAAGUCCAGAAGUCGCUUGCUGAGUUAGAAAAAUUAUCUUCAAGUGGUCAGGGAGUGAAUAUGUUUCCAUCACUUGAUAAAGAUAACCAGAAAAAGAUACUGAAAAGUCAACUCUUUGUGGAUAAGUUUUCUGAAAGGGUCCAACAUACCUUCCUUGAUUACUUGGCUGCUGGCUGUGAAUUGAACUUCAUGGUGGCUGUAGAUUUUACAAAUUCUAAUGGAAAUCCACGUCAGCCAGAUUCUUUGCAUUAUAUAGACCAUUCUGGACGUCCAAAUGCAUACCAAAAAGCAAUACUUGAAGUUGGUGAAGUACUUCACUUUUAUGAUUAUGACAAGAAAUUUCCUUUAUGGGGUUUCGGAGCUCGUCCUUUUGAUGGCCCUGUCUCUCAUUGCUUCAACCUAAACGGAAGCAGUGUCAACUCAGAGGUUGAAGGGAUUGAAGGUAUCAUGACAGCAUAUAGACAGGCUCUUUUUAAUGUUUCACUAGCGGGCCCCACCAUAUUUGGACCUGUGAUAAAGGCUGCAGGACUGAGAGCCGGGCAGGCUUUGGCAGCUAAUGAGAAGAAGUAUUUUGUUCUAUUAAUCAUCACGGAUGGAGUGAUAUCAGAUCUCCAAGAAACAAAGGAUGCCCUUGUAAAGGCGUCAGAUCUUCCGUUGUCCAUCCUAAUCGUUGGGGUUGGUGGAGCUGAUUUUACGGAGAUGGAGAUUUUAGAUGCGGAUAAAGGUGAAAGUCUCCAAAGCUCAACAGGCCGGCUUGCAUCUCGUGACAUAGUUCAAUUUGUUCCUUUCAGGGAUGUUAUACAAGGUGGAGAAGUGUCUGUUGCUCAAUCCCUUUUGGCAGAAUUACCCUCACAAUUCUUAACAUACAUGAGAAACCGUGAUAUUCUUCCUUGAUACGUACAUAAUUUAAUGAGUGCUUUGUGUCGUUUCGUUUUUGUACAGUUUCAUUCCACGUCUUUUUUUAUUAUUAUUUAUUUUUAUUUUUAUUAUUUAUUAUUUAUUUUUUAUUGUCGUUUCCACUUUGGUCACAAUGUGUCUUUAGUUUAAGUUAUGGUUGAAAUUCAAUAGCCUUGUUUUUAAAUGAUAUAUGGGCAUGAAUGUUUGUAAUUUGAUUUUUUGGCAAAAUAACUUUGGAGGAUAAUAAAGUAUCCUUUUGUAUAUAUGUUUACUUGUUUUCUUACUUUUUGUAUACCAUCU